UAGGUAUGAGGUAACGGUGCAGGCCAGGCCUCCCCAGCCUCCGCCACACUCCACACUCCGCACCGCUAACCUCCCGUCGCCCCCAUGCUCCUACCACCGACCCGGUGAACGGCAGAUGGGGCGAGAGCGAACCAUCAUCGGCAGCCUCACCAUGUUUUUGGCGCUAGGCAUACGUUACGAGCGUUGUCGCAGACAGUUCGGCGCGGCGGUGGAGGCUGAGCUCGCGGUCAGGCUUGCGUUCUUCUCGUAUCGACCUCACCGUCUUCGAGCAAUCAGAGGCCAGCUGUCUGCGCCUCGUUGCCUGGCUUGUGCAACAUGAUCGCCCCAACGCAUGUGCCCUGAUGUGGCCGCCCGGCUGCCUUAAUACAUGCGUGACGCGAAUAUGAGCAAUCCUCCUCGCACGCCAAACCUUCCUGCGCACUCCUCCAGAGAUAGGCACGAUGAAGCGCGAACCAGCUCCCCCUGGCAUGUCCAAACGCGAUGGGGAUCAGCCUGAUCGCCGCCUCGCUCAGCCAUUUUCGGGAUGGUCCCACCAGCAAAUGACAGAGAGCGUUGAUAAGUUUAUUGCAGUGUCAGGCCUCGAGGACUACGACAAGUACAUCCGCAGGGGCGCCUUUCUCGCGCAGUCCAAAGCAGCGUUUCCCAUCGGACGGCCGCGACGCGACGGGCUCGCCUUGAAAGACGAGGAACGCGACUACCUGAACCUGGAGGACAGCCCACGGCGUAUCGACAAAUUCAAGCAACCGUGGCGCCUGUACGCACUGGUCGGCGUAUGUUCAUUGGGUGCUGCCGUUCAAGGAUGGGAUGAGACUGCAGUGAAUGGAGCCCAAGUCUACUACCGCGAGGCCCUGGGCCUGAUGGACUCUCCCGGCUGGUUGGGUCUGGUCAAUUCCGCUCCGUACAUGUGCUGUGCCUUCUCAUGCUGGCUGAACUACCCACUGAACAGGCUGCUUGAUCGACGCGGAGUCAUAUUUGUUACAUGUCUUAUCAGCUCGCUCACUUGCUUGGGUCAAGCAUUUCCACAAACAUGGCAGCAGCUCUUUGCGGCGAGGUUCCUUCUGGGUUUAGGCAUCGGACCGAAAAGCGCAACUAUACCCAUCUAUGCGGCCGAGGCAGCCCCUGCCAACAUCAGAGGGGCGCUAGUCAUGAUGUGGCAGAUGUGGACUGCCUUUGGUAUCAUGUGCGGCUAUAUUGCUGGUGUCGCUCUGGCUGGCUGCAGCUUGAAUUGGCGCUUGAUGCUUGCAAGUCCUAUGAUCCUUCCCCUCUUCGUGGUAGCUUACGUCUACACUCUGCCAGAAUCUCCUCGUUGGCUUCUUAUGAGAGCUAGACAAGGCAACCGAAAGAAGUACGAAGAAGCUUUUAACUCCUUGUGCAAGCUACGGUACACCAAGUUGCAAGCUGGACGCGACCUCUUCCUUAUCGACCAUCUACUCGAAGCCGAAGACCGAAUCAUGCAGCAGGAAAAGCCAUUUUCCGAACUGUUCACACGUGGCAGGAACCGCAGAGCUCUGACUGCGUCUAUUAUCACGAUGUUUCUCCAACAAUUCUGUGGUGUUAAUGUUACGGCGUAUUACUCCAGCACCAUCCUUGCAGACCCUCAGCAUGCCAGCUAUCAACCUCGAGACGCGUUGCUUAUCUCCAUGGGCUUUGGCAUCAUAAACUUCCUUUUCGCCAUCCCCGCCAUCUGGACAAUUGACAGCUUUGGCAGACGCAACCUUCUAUUGUCAACUUUCCCAUUUAUGGCCUUGUUCCAAAUCAUCAUGGUGAUUGCGUUCGCCUUACCUGGCCGAUCCUCGGCCCAGCACGUCUUGGUCAUCCUCGGCAUGUACCUCUUCGGGGUAGCAUAUUCUCCCGGUGAGGGCCCAGUCCCGUUUGUAUACAGCGCCGAGUCUAUGCCGCUGUACAACCGCGACUUCGGCAUGGGUAUCGUGACGUCUGUCAACUGGUUCUGGAAUUUCUUCAUCUCGAUUACGUGGCCCAAGUUCAGUUCCGCCUUCGGCACAUCCGGUGCGUUUGGUUGGUACGCCGCGUGGUGCGUCAUAGGGUUCUUCAUGAUCCUCUUCUUCGUUCCUGAGACGAAAGACAUGACGCUGGAGGAGCUUGACCAGGUCUUUGAUCAUCGCACGAUGGACUAUGUGAAUUAUGGAAUGAAGGAGCUGAAGUGGCUCGUUGGGCGCUGGCUGCUCAUGAGGAAGAGCAUGAAGAAGCCACCCCCGUUCCUGCAGCGAAAAGACCCCGACGAGAUUUACGAUACAAGAGGAGAGUCCUAUGAUCCGCGAGGUAUGAUUUACGAGGAGAUACAGGAAGACAAGCGCACAAGCACGUAA